GUGAGCAGCUCCUGAGGCUCUCGGAGUUGAAAGGUGACGAUUUCACUAGUAUGCUAGAGUAGAUCAAGCACCCUUUUGUUCAAUCCUUCGCUCAAAUCGGAUCCUUUUCCUGCUAUCCUUUUCACCCUUCCAAAUCGACCAAGAAAGCUCAUCCAGUUUUGGGGGGGAUCACCUAUUUUGGAGUCACCUUGCCGUCGUCAUCAGCCAAUUUACUCACACACCUGACGGCCUGCAUGCCAUCAAUGCUCGCUCCCCUCCCCUGAUGACUGAGGUGUUUAUCAUGUGAGAGCCUCUCCGUUUUGGCGUCACAGGAAACCCGCUCUCAUGGUCCACUGCUGGUGGAGUUCGGCUGGAGUUCAUUUAUUCCCAAUAUUUCAGCUUCGGCUUUUGGAGGUCCACAAAUUCUCGAGUUGUUGGGAAAAUCGGGCUGGCCUCUUAUUAGAGCCCUUUUGGCCCUUGCUCCUCUUUCCAGCAGAGGUUUCAACUUCUCUUUCCCCCCUGAGGUUUCGUGAGCGCAGCAGUAAGGUUUCUGAAACUGUUCUUGGAGGUUUGCUCUCGCCGGUUUCCACUGUCCCUGCUUUAUCUGCCUGGGACGGCUCCAAGAUCUGAGCUUGGGGGCGUUCUUGGUGCAAAGCGGAGCAAUCCACCAAACCGCCCCGGGAUUUGGAGCUGGAAUAAUCCUUCCAUGGGUUCCCGGUCCGGCUGUGGAGCGGCGAUGGCGGCGGCCGCGGCCGCGGUGUUGGUUUCUUGGCUGUGCUUCGCGGCGGCCGGCGUCGGCGCGAUAGGGGCGAACUGGGGCACGCAGGCGAGCCACCCGCUGCCGCCGGAGACGGUGGUGCGGAUGCUCAAGGACAAUGGGUUCCAGAAGGUCAAGCUGUUCGACGCCGAGGAGGGCACCAUGAGCGCCCUCAGGAAGAGCGGGCUGGAGGUGAUGGUCGGCAUCCCCAACGACUUGCUGUCCACGAUGGCCACCAGCAUGAAGGCCGCGGAGAAGUGGGUCGACACCAACGUCUCCAGCUACCUCAACGACGGCGUCAGCAUCAGGUAUGUUGCAGUCGGGAAUGAGCCUUUCUUGGAGACAUACAACGGAAGCUUCCUGCAGUCCACUUUCCCCGCCAUCAGGAACAUACAAGGCGCGCUCAUAAAAGCCGGCCUGGGCAACCAAGUCAAGGUGACAUGCCCUCUCAACGCCGAUGUCUACUCCUCGACGACCUCCAAGCCUUCCGACGGGGACUUCCGCACGGACAUCCACGACCUGAUGCUCACCAUAGUGAAGUUCCUGAGCGACAACGGCGGUGCCUUCACCGUCAACAUCUACCCGUUCAUAAGCCUCUACAUCGACCCGAACUUCCCCGUGGACUACGCCUUCUUCGAGGGGGCCUCGUCGCCGAUUGUGGACGGCUCCUUCACCUACAGCAACAUGUUCGACGCGAACCACGACACGCUGAUAUGGGCGCUGAAGAAGAACGGGUUCGGGAACCUGCCCGUGAUCGUCGGCGAGAUCGGGUGGCCGACGGACGGCGACCGGAACGCCAACGCCCAGAUGGCGCAGCGCUUCAACCAGGGCUUCAUGACCCACAUCGCCUCCGGGCGGGGCACGCCGAUGCGGCCCGGACCCGUCGACGCCUACCUGUUCAGCCUGAUCGACGAGGACGACAAGAGCAUCCAGCCAGGGAACUUCGAGCGGCACUGGGGCAUCUUCACCUACGACGGCCUGCCCAAGUACCAGCUGAACCUGGGGACGUCGAACGCGGGCGGCGGUCUCGUGAGAGCCAAGGGCGUGAAGUACCUCGAGAGGAAGUGGUGCGUGCUGAAGCCUUCUGUGAACCUCAACGACCCGAAGCUCGCCGACAACGUGGGAUACGCGUGCUCCAUGGCGGACUGCACCAGCCUUGGCUACAAGACGUCGUGCGGGAUGCUGGACAUCCGCGGCAACGUCUCGUACGCGUUCAACAACUACUUCCAGAAGAACGACCAGGACGACGUGGCCUGCGGGUUCCAGGGCCUCGCGACGACCACGGGCCAGGACCCCAGCACCGGGACCUGCAGGUUCGGGGUCAUGAUCGAGGUCGACUCCGCCUUCUCGUGGAGGCUGCAGGGGCUUGGGAGCAACCUCCUCCUGUUCCUCCUGCUUGGGGUUCUCCAGCUAUCCCUGUCCUUCUCUUAGACGCAGAGGUUCUGCGAGGGAUGGGUGGGGUGGCAGUGAGCGCAUAAACAGUCUGACAACAGCUUGAGGAUAUUAGAUGUGUGUUGUCAGUGCCAUUCAUUUAGAAACUCUUUCCUC